AUGGCAGAUCUAGCUCGUGGGGAGGCCAAUACUGUCUCUCCUCAGGACGAGGUGGAUUUGACCGAUGCCCAGAUCCAACAGCUUCUUCUAGAAGCAGAAAAUCGACUGCGAGGCCCCAACAAUCAAGUCACACCCGCCGAUGCCACAUCAUUAAGGUAUGCUAGUGGGAUUCAUGGUUAUACUUUCCUGGGAGACAAGGACUCAUGUCACCUUAGAAUUCCGAAAUUGACAGGUUCCUCUAUCGAGCCCUAUGUUCGUCAGGGCGAGGAGAGUGCCACGGUGGAUUCAGCCCACAUCAUUGAUCCAAAGCAGAAGGAAUUAUCGAACUCUCUGCACCCAAUUCAUACCAAGAAAUUAAACCAAGACAAGCCUACUGCUGGGGCUGAUUGGUUCAACCUCCCGAAGACGGAACUGACGCCCGAACUCAAGAGGGAUUUCCAACUUCUUCGAAUGCGCUCCGUGCUGGACCCAAAGAGACACUACAAAAAGGAAAGCGGCAAAGCAAAACUGCCCGAGUUCUCUCAGGUCGGAACCAUUAUCGAGGGCCCGACCGAGUUUUUCAGCGGCCGGAUCACGAAGAAGGAUCGCAAGAAGACAUUUGUUGAAGAAACCAUGGCUCUUGAAAGAGAGACGAGACGGUUUGAAUCCAAGUACAAGGACAUUCAAACCACAAAGCAGAGCGGGAAGAAGGCCUUUUACAAAAACCUCCAGGCAAAGAGGAGCCGGAAAAACAAAUAA